GACAAAAUGGGAUCCGUCACAUUUUCUCCAGACACUGAUAUCCCCAGCCUGGAGGGCAAGAUCAUCCUCAUCACUGGAGGAAACUCAGGACUAGGUCUUGAGACCGCUCGACAACUGUUAAAACAUGAACCUUCCAGGAUCUUCCUCGCUUGUCGUAGCAAAGCAAAGUUUGACCAAGCCGUCAACGAAUUGCAACAGCAGGGCUCCAACACUGAUGCAGUAUCUUUUCUAGCUCUGGAUCUUGCUUCUCUAUCGAGCAUCAAAUCUGCCGUCACAGAGUUCCAGGCGUCCUCCACUCGACUCGAUAUUCUCGUCAACAAUGCCGGCAUUAUGAUGACACCAGAGGGUGUAACUGAGGAAGGCUACGAGAUUCAGAUUGGCACGAACCACGUGGGCCAUGCUUUCCUUACACAUCUUCUCUUCCCCACUCUUGAAGAGACCACCAAGACUAAUCCUGAUGUGAGGAUCAUAUUCGUUUCUUCAAUGGGAGAGUCCAUAGCUCCAAAGAAUCCAUACCAGUUCGAGCAAUUCAAGACCACGAUGUCUAGCAUCUCCACUCAAUCUCGCUAUGCUAUAUCGAAACUUGCAAACGUUCACUACGCUGCAGCCCUUGCCGAACGAUAUUCCAAGUUCAAAGUGAUCAGUAUUCACCCAGGAGUAGUACAGACGAACCUCACUGCACCGAUUAUUAGCACCAGCCUUAUAAUGGGAAUGAUCACCCGACUCGUGACGAGCUUGAUCGCCGUUGACGCUGCCAAGGGUGCCCUGAAUCAGUUAUGGGCAAUGACAGAUCCCACGGCUGAAAGUGGUGCUUUCUACCAUCCUGUUGGUGUAACGGGCAAAGGAAGCAAAUUGAGUCGGGAUAAGGAUGCCCGUGAAAAGCUUUGGGAAUGGACCCAGCAGGAGAUCCAGCAGCACCUUGGUUGAAGGAGUUAUAUAGCGGGAUAACUGUUUAUUAAAUUAGUAGCCUUUUCACUCUUAGUAUUAAUUGCUUAUGAUAGUUGUAUUUUACAG